AUAUAGAUAUUGCAACCACGUUUGCAAAAUUGGAUGUAAUGUUAGUUUAUGAGCCGGGAGAACAUGUCAUGGGACACAAAAAGCUGUCGGCAUCAUUCUAUCGUAUAUAUUAGGCGGGUGUCGCCCUAGCGCUUGCUUUUCUACAAAUGUACUACUUACUACUGCUGCUACUUCGCCGAUACUGUUCACUUGUUUUCCUUUUCUUUGUACUCGCGCAGUAUUCAAUGUGGGCAUUUUCCACCAUAGUCAUGCGCUUAACUUCAACUUCAUCGUUUCCAAAAGGGCUUAAUAUCUCGCUUCAAAUGACAAACGGGAGGUGCGGACGGGCGCGCGAGCCAAUCACGGCAAUCAAAAUCAUUCCAUGCAAUUAGGAUACAGCCUUGAAUGGUGUCAAGUAUAUCACAGUCCAAAACUUUAAAAAUGCAAAGCAAAUCAGCAAAAAAGACAACGGGCAAACGUUCCAAGUGACACACAAUGCGCGUAAUCGGUAACGCACGUUGCCCGUCUC